AUGUAGCGUGACUCUCAUCUUGUGUCUUAAGUGUGAACACACUAAGACACACAUCUGAGCAUAAAGAGGAGCUCCUGCUGCUUUGAAACUACGCACUGUCAAUGAGCAGAGCCAACAUGGAGAACACCAAGCCAGUGAAGGAGGUGCUUCCCCUGCCUCGCCACCCUUCCCCACUUCCUGUGACCUGUUCCUCUCUGACCCCUGCUGUCACUUUGAAAAAACACACCGCAGGCUCCAUCCAGCACGUGCAGGUGGCCUCCUCAGUGGUGACAUCGUUCCAUCUGAAGCCUCCAGAAAGGGAUCUCACCCUGAUGUCCCACAUUAAGUCUAUUAAGUCUCUGGCCGGCUUCACUGCGGUCCUUACUGGACAAACGAAACCUGACAGUGAGGAGUUGUCGGAGGAGGUACCAAUCGUCGAGGUGAUCCUGGCUGACAUCGACUCCCUGGUUCCCACUCACGAUGAAGCCGGCCGGCCCAUAGCCGAAUGGAAACGACAGGUGAUGGUGCGGCAGCUGCAGGUCAGGCUGCAGGACGAGGAGGAACAGAGGAGACAGGACAUGACUAAUGGCUACAGACCAGUGGAUGGCUGGAAGUACUCCAGCGCCCACAACGCAGUCUUGGGACCCUUUGGUGAGCUCCUAACAGAGGAUGACCUGGUCUACCUGCAGCAGCAGAUCGAGGCUGUUUCACUGCAGAAGCGCUGCCAGGCCUAUGAGCUGGAGCUGACCAGGCUGACGGAGGAGCUGAGAUCGAUUUUACCUGAUCCAAUCGUGAACAUCUCCCUUAACAAAGAGGUCCUACAACAGAUGGAUGCGGAGGGGAAAAUGCAACUGACUUUGCCGGUGUGGUGCAAUCGUGUCUCUGAGAUUGUUAAGAGUAUGUCUCUGCUGGUAGCGAAUCUGACCCAAACCACAGAAGAAGGGGGUGAGAAGAGGAUUCCACACGUAGGGAUGGCAUCAGCUUUUAGCCAUCGUCUGGAGACUAACACCUACAGCAGAGCACAGAGGGAGAAGGUGGAGAGGGAGAUCCAACAGUCUGGGGUGUCGGUCAAAAAUCUCAGAUCCAACUUUGAAGGUCAGAUUGGUGGAAUUUAUCCCUUUGCUGGGAUUGUGAAAGGAGGCCAUGUAGUGUUCGGAGGUUCAGGAGUAAACAACCAAAACACCAACACAGGCCUCAGCUGUGAGGUGAGCAACUGUGAUCCUCCUAAAAAACUUACACCUGUGAUGGAGACUACCAGCCUGAGGAAAGAGCGAAUAGUGGUGCUGUUCCUGAGCCACUGGAAGAAAUCUGCAUAUGCUAUUUCAGUGAGGGCAGAGAGGCAGAGACGGGGACAGGAAGCAGUGUCAGGGAGAGUGACAGCUGCAUCGCCCCCACAGAAAAUCAGCUCCAUGUUUCAAUUCUGCCAACAACGACGAGCUGUGGACAAGAUGCUAAACUCCUGGAGGAAUAAACUAGAACACAAAGAUGUGCAAAAGUCCUGUUUGUCCUCUAACUUCUCACAAAAUCCACCACCUCAAGCAACCCACUCGCCAGAGCAAUUCCUGCCAGAAGUGGGUGGUGUUGCAUUGAGCCACGAUAGCUUGACCCUUGACCUCUUCAUGCUGGGAUACUUCCACAUCUUAGAGCAAGAUCUGUCACCCGAGGAGAGGAAGAUGAGGCACCUCCUCUGCUUCGAGGUCUUUGAUCACAUCGGCAGUUUCUCCUGGGAGUUGGUGAGGGACUUCCACAAGGCUGUUCUACAGGAAAUCCAGGCUGGGAGGCGACAGUGGAGCGACGGCUUUGAGGACAUCAAAGUUCGCUUCUUUGGGGACUCGAGACCAUGCCACUGUCCAUCGCCAUCACCAUCGUCAUUACUUUUGUCAGAUUCUAGGCUUGUACCCAAAGUUAUAGUUCAAACUGCUACUCCAGAUGAGUGUGGCAGCGACACAGACUUCUCCUGUUUCAUGAACGAAGACAUUUGUAAAUAUAUUGACCGCAGCUUUGCUUUUUGGAAAGAGAAGGAAGCAGAGCUGUUUGAUUUCGAACAUUAG